AAAAAAAAAAAAAAUUAGCGAAUACUGCAGCAAGAAGUGACCGAGUGUGUGUCUGUGUGUCUGUGUGUGUGCCUGUGACGCGAUCCAGACCAAAGCAGGGGAUUCAUAUUUAUAAAAGAAAAACUCUCAUCUGGCUGCUGGCAGAGAUGGCAGCCAUUCGGAAGAAGCUGGUAAUUGUCGGGGAUGGAGCUUGUGGGAAAACAUGUCUCCUCAUUGUUUUCAGUAAAGACCAGUUUCCUGAAGUCUACGUUCCGACAGUGUUCGAGAACUACAUCGCUGAUAUCGAGGUUGAUGGAAAACAGGUGGAGUUGGCACUGUGGGAUACUGCGGGCCAAGAGGACUACGACAGGUUGAGGCCUCUCUCCUACCCUGACACAGAUGUCAUCCUCAUGUGCUUCUCCAUCGACAGCCCAGACAGUUUAGAAAAUAUCCCUGAGAAGUGGACGCCUGAAGUGAAGCACUUCUGUCCCAAUGUCCCCAUCAUCCUGGUGGGGAACAAGAAGGACCUGAGGAACGAUGAUCACACACGGAGAGAGCUGGCCAAGAUGAAGCAGGAGCCGGUGAAGUCAGAGGAAGGCAAAGACAUGGCCAGCAGAAUCAGUGCUUUUGGCUACUUGGAGUGCUCUGCCAAGACCAAGGACGGCGUGCGGGAAGUGUUCGAGAUGGCAACUAGAGCGGCACUGCAGGUCCGCAAGCGCAAGAAGAGAGGUGGCUGCACGCUGCUGUGAGCGGUCCAGACGCCAUAAAAUCCACUGACCAAUAGAAGAAAAAAAAUACACAUGAAAAGGACUGACCUUUUACCAAAUGGCAUCUUUGUACUGAAUCUCGCAUUUCACAAUAACAGGCAGGCAGAGAGGUCAAAUGCAAAAAAAAACAAGUUCCUUUUUGAUUUCCAAAAUCUGUCUUUACACAAGGAAUGUUUUUCAUACUUGUUUUUCUUUAUAUUUGUAAUGUAACAUACAGUAAUAGAUGCACAUAUUUGUAUGCAAUAUUGUUCUUCUUGAGCUUGAGCGAGCAGCAUCCUUCUUCGCUUGUAUAAAGUCUUCAUGAGUAAAGUCCAAACAGUCCAGACUGUCCCGUUAGCAUCACUUCUGUUUAUCAUGCUAGUCCUGAUCUUUUGAGCAGAAGAGCUAGUGCCUUUUUCUUUCUUUCUUUCUCUUUCUUUCUUUCUUUCUUUCUUUCUUUGUACGCCACCGUCUAUUUCUCAUGUUCGUCAGCUAGCUAACAUUUCAGCUGAAGGGGUUCCCCAUUGUACUGUAUCUGUAGUCGUCAUUGUGAAACCUGAGCAAAGCCGUAACGUAGGCUUUUAUUGCUCAUCAAGCACAACAAAUGAUCGCUUGUUUCAUUUUUGGUUAGCGCUCCUCUAACAUUUGCUCACUGAGGAUGAAGAAAGCGGCUUCUUCAUGUAAAAACUAAUUAGAGAUUUGAUUAUUCAAAUGCAUCCUUCAUAGAUGUCGCUCUGUUGUGCAGUCGACUUAGAUGUGGGGGGAGAGGGGGGAUGAGAAAUGGCCAAUAGAGACACAAGCCAAUAUGACUCAACUAUGCACAAUGGCUGUUAAGACCAACAGCAGCUGAAACUGAAAUGAAGGCCAAAGUCUGGUGAAACCUCCCUUGUUUGUUCACGGAGGGUGACUGAGUUCAGCUCUUAUUCUGCUACGAUUCAAGAGAGCCGGUCAGUCACGCCCGCCGUUGGAAUCUGUGUGUUGGACCAGUUGGCCCAGUCGUGGAAACCAUGUUUUGUUGGAGUUGUUAGCAGUCGCGUGUUGAUGAUUCCCAGUCAAACGACAUUCUUUACAUGUUUGAGAGGAGCUGAUUUAUGUCUGUGUGAGGAGUUAGUUUUUCCCCCCCGGUGCCUUCUCUGUUGCGUUGUGCCUUUUUGGUUGUUCUCUCCCCGACCAGAUAGCUCGACCACCUGCUCCACGCCGACCCCAUACUGACUGACAAGGUCUAUAGUGACCUUUUAUGAAAUGUUUCACAAAGCGUGCUUAUUUGAAAUGCUCCAAACGUAAGAAACAUGUGUCAUUAGUUUCCUUAACUUUCAGUCCUCAUAACAUAAAUAUUAAGAUUUCAUCUAUAAAUGCCUCAUCUUUAUCAUCUCGACAGGUAAGAUGGGUUACAGUGAUUUACGUCACAUACUUUUAUGUCAAGAAUGAAUCAUGGGAAAAUUCUCUUUUAACAUAUUUCUUCAACAUCCCUUGAAAAACAUGUGCGCAGCCAUAAAGAUUGUCUUUAAUGCUUAAGAGUUGUCUAUAACUGCCAAAAAAAGUUGUUUGACGAAAAAUGGAAACUGGUUUUAUUCGUCUGUCUUUUAUUCCUGAUCUGUGUUAGUCUAGAGCUUCGCUUCUUGACGAGAAACAUUUUGAUAUUUUAUGUCUCGCGUUAAAGGAGCAGAAUACCUUCAGGGGUCCACGCUGAAUUGUUCCUAGAAACAGCUUUUGGAGACGCUCCAGACACACAAUGCUUCAAAGGCCCAGUUACCGUCCUCAGGCUCAGAUUCAUUUAUGGAAUUUCCUUUUCUCUGCCUCUUGCUCACUCAUGUACUGUACAUGUCCCUUGGUUUCAUGUUGCAGUCGAUCUACAUGGAGGGUGGAUGUUGAAAUGUGUGAUAUCUUUGAUGGUGCAUGCAACUUCUUACAAUGCCGAUAAUGGCAACAAAACUACCAAGCUGGCAGGAUCUGUAUCUGUUAUAUAAUAGUAACGCCAUCUGUAACGCAACUUUAUACGCUGUACUGGCCGAGCACAUUUGCUUUCACUGGGUGGGCCAGUGGGGAAGCUAGAACUAGUUGUUCUUUCCCGAACUCAAAUGAGGCGCUCUGGGUUUUUUUUGUGGAGGGGCUUUGAUUUUGAUCACACACAUGCAGCAUAUUAAAGUUGUUACCUCAACUCUUUCCAGGGUGGAUCUUGUGUUUUUACUCUGGACUUUGUGCAUCAUAGUGGACAACAACAAGCACACAGACAAGGUGAGGAGUAAACAGAUCCUUACAGCUUAAUGUUUUUAUCAAUGACAACAUGGAUCUUGAGUUAUACGUUUCAUAGUUGUGGCAUGAUGUUCACGGGUCUCAACAAGGUUUUAAAGGUCAAGCGAAGAUAGUCGAAUAACUUUCCCAGCUGGAGGCAGAGCAUAGUGAUGAAAGCUUUCCCUUUACAGCAGCAGAGGGAAUAGUGUUGAUAUGACUAAGAGCAUGUACAAUACUGCUGUUAAUGUGUAUGCAGAUAAUGUUGCGCUAUAUCAAAGGAUGUCCUUAUGAUGUCGAUGCUUGCAUGAGAAAACAGUGGGUCUUUACAGCGAACACGCACACACGCACAAACAAGUCAAUGGGAACAGCUUCUGCUCAGUGUUGUGUAACUUUUUUUUCUCUCUCUGGAAGCAUUUGAAAUGAUAAAGGAAACCAAUUUAUAUAAAAAGUUCAUUGUUAUAAUGCUUUGUAAACAAAGUGUUGUAGUGAAUGUUUAAUUUGAAGUGAACAUUGUUAAUAAACUAUUUUUGAGACAAGACA